GCUAGUAAAAAAAAAAGCCAAUUGUGUUUGUAUUUUUAAAUAUUAAAAUAAUUAAAAAUGGUUUUUUUGGAAACAAAUAAAAAUGGAAAUAGAGAAAUUAAUCCCAUUGAAUCAUGGAAAUAUGGAAUUAAAACACCAACAAUUGAUAUUGAAUUUACAAAUCUUACGUACACAGUAUCUACCGGUAAAAAAAGUGAAAAAGACAUAUUGAAAAAUAUCAGUGGACAAUUCAAAUCAAAUGAGCUAACAGCAGUAAUGGGACCUUCUGGAAGUGGAAAAUCAACUUUAUUGAACAUUCUUACUGGCUUUCAGAAUGAUGGAGUUAGUGGAAUAGUGACAAUCAAUGGUCAACCAAGAGACAUGCGUACAUUCAGAAAAAUGUCUUGUUAUGUAAUGCAGGAUGAUUUAUUUCAGCCAAAAAUGACGGUUCUUGAAGCAAUGCACUUUGCUGCUGAUUUGAAGCUUGGAUUUCAUGUACCCAAAUCAUCCAAACAAAUUCUUAUAAUAGAUAUCUUGAAGACACUGAGACUAUUGCAUGCUCAAAACACAAUGACUGAAAAACUGUCUGGUGGAGAAGGAAAACGUCUGUCAAUUGCCCUUGAACUCGUCAGUAAUCCCCCAGUCAUUAUCUUGGACGAACCAACAACUGGCUUGGAUGAAUUGUCCUCAACCCAAUGUAUUGACUUAUUACGAAAAAUUGCAUUGACUGGAAAAACAGUUGUCUGUUCAAUUCAUACACCAAGUGCAAAAAUAUUUUCAAAAUUUCACAAUAUUUACAUUGUUGCAUCUGGACAAUGUGUUUAUCGAGGUCCAUCAAAUAAACUUGUCCCAUUUUUAAGUACAGUUGGCAUAGAUUGUCCGAAGACUUAUAAUCCAGCUGAUUUUGUUAUUGAUGUAUCUUGUGGAGAAUAUGGUCAUGAUUUUGUCAAAAAAAUGAUGUCAACAGUCAAUACAAAAUUUCCAAUAACGCCAAUUCAACGUACAAUGUCAUAUGAUAUUGAAAAAAGCUAUCAAAAAAAUACCAAAGUUCAAUGGCACAUACAAUUUUGUGUUUUAUCAAAACGUAUGAUGAUUCAAACAAUCAGAGAUUGGAAUUUCGUAUUGUUUAAACUAAUAAUGUACUUACUAAGUGGAUUACUGUUGGGAUGUUUAUAUUUCAACCUGGGUGGAGAUGGAUCAAAAACAAUUUCCAUAUUUUUAUUCUGUCUUGCUUGUUCAGUUUUCUUUGGAUACAUCCCAAUGAUACCGAUAAUUUUAUCUCAUCCACAUCAACUUCAACUUGUGGAGAGGGAACAUUUCAACCGAUGGUAUGAUAUAAGUCCUUUUUUUUGGGCUUCAAAUUUAUCCACAAUUCCAGUGGCGAUGUCAGCAGCAACAAUAAUUAUAAUCACAGCAUAUUCACUCUCUGGACUACCACUUGAAUAUUACCGAUUUGCAAUGUUUUCCAGUUCUUGUAUUCUUACUAUGUUUAUAAGUGAGGGUAUUGGUUUUGUACUUGGAACACUUUUCAGUGUUGUUUUUGGUUCCAUGCUCAUACUGACGGUACAAGGCUUUGGAGAUAUUACACCACUUCCAAUUUAUCGUUCAUGUUUGAUGUACAUAAGUCACUUAAGAUAUGGUUUUGAAGCAAUGGUAAUAUCAAUUUUUGGCUAUGACAGAGAGGGUCUAUCAUGUCCUGAUGAAUAUUGCCAUUAUAAAAUGCCAAUUGAUAUUUUAAAAAUAGGCCAUAUGGAAUCUCGUGAUUUUUGGAUCAACUUAAAAAUGUUAUUUGCAUUUUUUAUUGCCAUAAGGAUGUUGUUGUAUUAUUUAUUACAACGACGUAUUCAUAAUCGAAUAAAUCCAUCAAAUAAUAAAACAAAAAAAAAGACAAUAUUUAGACUUGGAAAUUUUGAAUAAAUUUACGUUUUAAUAUUUUAAUAAAAACUCAUAAAAAUAAAAAUAAUUUUAAAUGUUUAAUUGGUUAAGCUUGAUAACUUUAGUUUGAAAAAUUAAUUUUAAAAAUUUCAUGUCAAGUUUUGAGAAUGAUGUCAACAACGUUAUUUUAAAAAAUUAUAAUUUUUAAUAAAGUAUUUAUGACAUCAACUGUAAUAAAGAAAAAAAAAAAAAUUUUCAUAGUUAAUUACAGCUUAAAACAUGAUAUAACAAAAUGUGUUAUUUAUAAUUUUAUACUUUGUUAGCCGUAAAUGAUUUUUAAUACUUUUUUUUUUUAUCUUCUAUUUAAUAAAAUAUGUUAUUGAACAUAUGAUGUCCUUGAUCACUGUCCACUGAUACUUGAACUGCAACUAAUGAGUGAAUAUAAAAUUAUAUCUACUUGACUUUUUCAAAUUCAUU